AUGGCGCUUUCGAUCUUUGUGCCGAUCGGCUACAUUGCCACACUGGUGGUAUCCAUGUUGGUAUUCUCACGCAUCUACCGACGAAGAUCGGCGCUGAACAUGGCCAAGUCGUACCAGCCGUGGUUUGCCGAAGGACACGAAGCACGAGACAUUUACCAGACAUUGGUGGCUGCGGAUCCGCCUGCGCCGGAGGAGGUGCUCAAAGCGGCGUUGCUGAAUCGAGCCAUGACGGACGUCCGAAGGAUCAUGCGUAUGCGCGACGACAAGCAGGCCCUUGCCACGUUGCUGCAAAAAGGGUCCAUCGGUGACGAGACCAUGGCACGAUUCAAUCUGGCGGAGAAGGAGCUCGAAGCUGAGAUCCUCGAUGUGGUUUCCGAGGCCAACACGUUCAGGGAAGGCUGGGGACAGUUGAUCUUCCCAACGGCGAGCGAGAUGGUUGCGCACCUCAAGCACAAGGAAAUCUACUACGGCAUUCAGCGUCAGCGGGAAGCAGAGGUCAAGAAGUUGGAGGAUCAGGGAUUGCCCGUGCCGAAAGCAACGGUGGAACUGCCCCCGCUGGUGACACCACCUGGAACCAAGAUCGAGAUCCAAGGAGGACCGCAAGGAGGACCUGGCGGUGGAGCUACGGGAGGCAUGCCUCAGGGAGGACAAGGCGGACCGGGUGGACCCGAUGGACCUAGUAUCAACCUACCCAUGACCGGAUCGGGUGCCGAUGCGCGAGUGACGCUUCCUAACGGCAUGCAGAUCCACCCAGCACAGUUGGCCGCCUUGAUGCAAGGACCACUUCCGCCCAAUCUGCCCCCGCAGCAAGCAGCGAUGCUGAUGGAAGCACGUGCACAGCUACAGGCGUUGCAGGAACAGGCUCAAGCUCAGCACGAGCAGCAACAAAAAGCGACGGCGGAAGCAUCGAAAGCGACAGCCGGUGUCGCGUCCACGCUUUCGGCGGACAGCGGUGCUCCUCCCGCCGCCGCCGCUGCGACCAAGACGGCCACAGUGGAGGAUAGCGAUGAUGCAUAA